UGGUCCACGGCACUCAGCUUCCGUUUUGAACGCAAACUGAACUACUGGUGAUGAUUGUAACAGCAGCGGUUUGUUUUGCUUUUCAUUCCUUAGUUUUUAGAUGAGUGCAGUUUUGAUUUUGGUCUUUGAAGUUGUAUUUGAAGUUAAUUUACGCAGUAAACACAAGCAAUGGCAAACCACUAUUAGACCUAUACGAUCACGAUGAAUAAAUAUUUGUUGCUAGGUAGGUGCACUUGGUGAAUUUUGCAGAUUUAAUCAAGUAUGGCAAGACAGGGAGUAUCAAGACCAAAGGUGAUCUCAACAGGCAGACUGACAGCCUCUGGACGUGGACAGAUACACAAGAAAAGGGUUGCUGGGAGAUGUGUUCCUCCUCUAGAACCAGCAUAUUCUCUUUAUUCUACAGACUCUGAAGAUCAGGUGACGACGAUACACAAGGGACUCGACCGAUGUGCUGCUUUACUCAAUGGGAUACUUCAAGCUGAACAAGCAGAAUCAAAGCCCAAACCACAGGGAACAAAAACCUGCACCUUCAAAUCCAAACCCAAAAAUGUAUCAAGAAAAAUGGAAACUGACAAGAAAAGGCAUGGGAAGAAGACAAACACAGCUAUACAUGCAAACAAAAGGCCAGCUCCAGUGCAGAAGACGAUUCCAUCUGCCAGUUGUCACCUGAGUUCAGCUGGGCAUCGUGAUCAGAACCCUGGGAUCAGACGGGCACAAGUGACACAGGAUCAUCCUUCAGGACUGACCCCUGUAACGCAAGCAGAACAUGAACGGCAAAACUCACUUCCACUGGCUUACUCUCAGCCUGCUGCUAGCUGUCAGGUUUACAAAUCCACUGUAUUUAACUGUCGGCUGACUACAUCCACACCUGCACUGAGCCCUCAGAGACCUGGAUCAGCUCACAGUGAACCUGUGGGAUCUGUAGAGCCAAGUGCCCCUUUGGCAUCAUCCACUGGGUCCUCAACCUGUCCCUCAUCUGCAGUGCUAACAACACAGGUGCCCAACCAGCCCCAGGUCAGCCAGCCUCAAUCUGAUCCAAAUGGACCAGUACUAGUUAUUUGCAAUGACCAGGAGCAGGAGAUCUGUUCUAAAGAAAGUGGUACUAAUGCAGAGGAUGACAUAAAAGAUGGGAUGGACACUACACCUGUCAGAGACAUCAGCUGUGAGAAAUUAACUGUUCUAAAUCACAAUGCCAAACCCACCAGUCCAGAGAAAACCACACAGAAAGUGAUGACUGUUAAAUAUCUGCUGGGAGAGCUGAAGACUUUAGUUGCUAAUCAGGACAAUGAUGCUGUGCGGCUGAUCUCUGAGGUGGAGCAGAGCGUCUCACUGCUUCCUGUCAUGGUGGGCAGCACUAACAUCCAGGCUGAGAUCGCACUCGCCCUACAGCCCCUCAGGAGUGAGAAUGUACAGCUGCGAAGGCGUGUGCGAAUACUCAAUCAGCAGUUAUUACAGAGAGAGAGAGCAGAACGGCGGAACAGGCCGGAGGCCUGCGACAUGGAGGUAGUUACGUUACAGUCUCUAAACCUCAAUCUACAAACUCAGUUAAAUGAGAGCCGUAGAGAGCUCGAUGAUCUGCAACAGGAGAACAUGAGACUACAGAAAGCCAUGGAGGACAAAGACAGUGACAUGAAGCUGCACAAAGACUUGUGUGAGUUAGAGAACAGCCGGCUAAGACUAGAGAUGAGUGAGGCAUUAGCUGAAAUGCAGAGUUGCCAGAAUAAACUUGGAAAGUAUGAGAUUGAGAAGAUGGAACUGACUUUGAGCCUUCAGCAGAGGGAGACAGAGAUCAGCAGACUGCAGGAAGUCAUCAGAAAUCUGCAGAUAAGUCAAACAAAAGACACCAGCAAAUAUUCUCAUCAGUUGGACUUGUGUCAACCAAACUCUCAGCUUACCAAGAGUGUUCUGGAAUUGCAUGAAAAUGCACAGAGGGAGUCCGCUGUCUCAGAUAAACUUUCAAACUCUGUGAAGACCUACCUUCAGACCCUGGAGGGCAUCGAACAGGCCUCUCCUCCCCACCGAGUUUACUGUAGGUCCCAGACAUUACAACCAACCUCUCCUGGUCAGACUGAUGGUGGAAAAGAGAACUUUAUGCCAGUCUGCUCUCCAUAUAUACGCAAACCAACCCUGGAAACCAUAGCUGAGAAUGUGUCUCAGUUAGAAGAGCAGAAACGAACAACGUUUGCCCCUUUAAGAGAGACUCCAGUGGCGCAGCUUGCCUCAGGAGUUGCUCACAGUAAUCCACUCACUCAGUGUAAUGAGCUGAUAACAUCCAAGAAUCAAAGGGAAGAUGUGGAUGCUCAUGUAGGCCUGAAAUAUAUGGGCCAUGCUUUUGAAAAGCUGGACAUCUCAGAUGGGCUUCACGUUCAGGAUGUGAAGAAUGAUGGCCGAGAUUACGUUUCAGAUCAUCAUGGCAUGGCCUUACAUUUAAAUCAGAAAAAUAAGGACCUAAACAAUCAGCUAGUGCAAUCCCAACAUGCCCGUCGAUGCCUAAGGAUGGGUGUUCAGUCAGCAUCCACUGGACACCCUUCAGUGACGGAGAACACCUUUUCCUCGUGUGAUAUUAAAUCUUUAGCCUCUGAUUGGAGCAUAAACUCCUGGUCCACAUUUAACACACAGGAUGAGCAGAAUUUCAGGGACGGGCUUGCAGCACUAGAUGCCAGCAUAGAAAGUCUGCAGAAGACCCUGAGAGUUGAUCUAAAGAAAUAAGUCAGUAUGACAAUGUUUGUAUUGUGUUUUUAAUUUGAUUAUAUGUAAUCAGUGGAUGUUUUUAAAUGUCUCUUUAUUUUUUUUAUUAAAUUAUUAUGUGAAAUAUCAAAGAAUAUCACAUUUC